AUGGAAAGGGCAUCCCUCGAGACCAUGAAUACAGUGGCUUUCUUGUCCUCAUUGCCCAUAUCACUAUCACAGUCGCACCCACGUCAUCGCGUAUUCUCAGGGCAGGCAUGUAUUCCCGUGCGCCAGUAUUACGACCACUACCGAAUAGUCCGAAGAGGACGAGCUCCGCACCGGUAUAUGCCCUUUCAAAGCCCUGCAGUAGCGCCGACUGCUUUACUUGCGGACUGGUUGUUGUCUAACAAGGCUACUAUUAACGAAAAUCUCGUGUUGACGCCGACGGACUCGCGCUCAAAACUCGGUAUCUACUUGGCAAAAUCGGGAAAGGGCGUGCUGAAAAACACCGAACUCGCCUCCUUUCCUGAAUCUGUGUUUCUCUCGUCAAAAACAGCUCGCUCCUCUCUGGAAGCAGAGGUCAGCGCUUUGAAACAGUGGUCCGGAGCUGACGACCUGGCUCCAGCAUCGUGGAUUGCUUUACAACUACUAUAUGAACGCGCGAAGGGAGACGGCAGUUCAGUCGCCCCCUUAAUUAAAUCCAUCCCCGGUCCGGGAGAGCUUGACGCGGCAACUCUGUGGCCAUCUGAGCAACUUGAAUGGCUCAAAGGCUCACUCGUGCACGACCGCUUGCUUGAAAUUGCCGGAGGUGUGCUAGAAGAAUGGGAAAAAAUAAAUAGUGAAGUGGGAAACCAGCUGUUUCAAGCUCCUCAAGCUGAUUUCUCACUCGAUUUAUACCGAUGGGCAAUCGCUCUAGUCGACGCACGGAGCUCAUCUGUAUCGAGUGGGAAGGAACUAAUUUUUGCUCCUGUGGCGUCGCAAAUGAACACGGCAGUCAGUCCCUCAUCACGGUUGGAAACAGGGUCCGCGGGUAUGUUUUUCAGUUCCAAAAGGAAGGUCAAACUCGUAUCGCAACAAGAACUGCAGCCUGCGGACGAGCUCACGCUGUAUGCUGGCGCAUCGGUUCGCAAUGCUGAUUUGCUAGUUGAGCGUGGCACGAUUCUCCCAAAUUCCUCUGCCAACACCGUGGAAAUGGUAUUUGCCCUCACAACAAUGGAUCGGUUUUACGAAGAUAAGGUGGAAAUUCUUGAGCAAUACGGCGACGACUGUGGGAUCCCAUCACAAGCUCCUGCCGCCUUUGAUCUGGCAGCUACAGACACAGCAGUGUGGGAGCCCCCAGAAAUGCUAGACGUUUACCUGCGUCUACUCUGCCUUGGAACUGGAGACGCUUUCCUGCUAGAGUCCGUCUUCCGUAGUGAAAUUUGGGAUCAUCUCUCACUACCGAUAAGCCCCGACAAUGAAAAAGCCGUAUGCGACACGAUUAUCGGUGCGUGCGAAGAUGCUCUAGACGGGUACGUCAUGUCAGAAGAUUCAGGCUAUGACGGUGAUGCUGCAGAUACUGUCGCAGCGCAGCGAUGGGCGAUGGCAAAGGGACUCGUGGCUGCCGAGCGUGAUAUUCUAAGGCGUACCGUUCAGGCUUACAAACGUAGAGCCGCUUCUCUAGAUGUCAUCGAAUACUACGCAGAGCGGAGACUGAAAGCACUAGAUUUACUACGACCUGUAGAUGAAAGUGAGAUUGUUGAUGCCGAAAGUGGAGCUCGUGUUGGACGAGCGUUUGACGAAAACUAUUAA